CUCAACACUCAGUCCCAGCCAGUGACGAUGGAUGCGUGUUGACGUGCAUGUCAUGUCAUACAGGCACUCACCGGCAGGCAUAUAUUCCCCCGUCGUAUGCAUACCCAUCCAUUUAUCAAUACAUGACAUGCAUCGCAUCAUCUGUCAGACGGCAUCACUGCCCCACGCAUCCAUCCAUUCACCCCACCCACUGCACCAGCUAGACCUUUUUCUUCUUGUGUGCCCCGCCAUGCCCCUCGCCAUGCUUCCGCUUCUGAGACCUGUGCACACCACACACACAAGACACACGCGCACACCUCUGUCCGUCUGUCUGUCGGCCCUUACUUGUGCUGUUUCUCAGUCUUGAUGGCGCCCGGGGCACUCCCCAUCGACGGCACGCCUACACCACACAUCAAUCACACCAUUGACAUCCACGACGGACACCUCACCUGCCUGGCUGCCACUUCACAUAUACAUAUGUAUGUGUGUGUAUGUGUGUCAGAACCCACUGGGCGGUUCAUUGCGUUCCUUCUUGGCCUUGUGCUUCUCCUUCUUGACGUUCGGUGGUGGUCCGCCGGCGGCCAUUGGUAUGCCGGAUGGGUAGACGCCGGGUGCCCCCUGUGCCCCGCCCAUGGCACCCAUGUGCUGCUGCUGCUGCACUGCAGCCUCCAUCUGCUGCAACUGGGCCACAGUCAUCUCUCGCUCCUGAAGGCAAUACAUACAGACGGACAGAGAUAGAGAAUGGACGUUGCUAUGGCCAGGAUUGGUACUGACCUUCUUUCUCUGGUCGAGGUGUCGCGCCAGGUUGAGCAUCGUGGCUGCAUCGGCACGCAACGCACUGACACACACACACACACACACACCACCCACCUCCAUCAAUGAAUCGUCACUGGCAGCACCCACCCACCCACCCGCCCAUAAAGCUUAGCUGACCUGAAUGCCUGCACGGUUUGCUGUGUGGCCAUCCGUGGCAGAGCGACGCUGCUCUUGGUGACUCCGAAGUCCUUGAAGCCGAUGUCGUCGAGUACGGUCUGCACCUUGUUUUCCUGCUUGGGUGGCAGCUGGACGGCCUGCAGGGCCUGGGACGCCGAAUACACACCGGGACGCUUCCACGGCGGCAAAGGACCAACCUGCACAGUCAGUGGGGGUGGGGCGGCAUGUAUCAGAACAAAGGGGGGCGGGGGGUGGUUGAAUUGCGAUGCCUCCGUGGCUGGUGGCAUUUCUGUGUGUGUACGAUACUUGUAUUUGUGUGUCGUCUUCCUCCUCCUCUGGCUGCUGCUUGCGCUUCUUCUUCUGAUCCGCCGCCUGACUCUGAUCCACACAGAUAGACAGACAUGACAGACAACACACAGAGGGAAUGAAGUGAGGAUGUUCUGACGAUAUGAGAUAUGUAUAUGACGUGGGAUUGUGUGUCUGCAGCAGAGCCCACCUGUUUCUGUCUGUUCUCCUCGGUCUUGAUUUGCUGCACACCACACGCCCCAUGCGUGUUAGUGAUGUGGGGAAGCAAAGCAGCCCUCUCCGUCUGGUCUGUCUGACCUUCUCGAGUGCUUUGAUUUGGUCGACGAGGUUCUUCUCAUCCGACUUGACCUUGUCGUCGGCCUUGAACCGCUUACCCAGCAGCAUCCGACGCUCCCAAUCAUGAGACGGGCUACCCAAUCACACACACGGCGAACCAAGCACACGCAUACCAUACGUGUAAGCAGCCGACCAGCCCUUUCUGGCACCCUGAAUGGCUCACUCGUAUCUGCAUUUGAUGAUGGGGUGGUUCCUGAGUUCAGCGUCGAGCUUCUUCUCUGCGGCGGCCCUCUCAGCGGGCGGCAGCCUGUGCAGCUGGUCCCGCCGCCCGUCGUACUCGACCUCGACCAGCUUGCGUGCGAUGGAGUAGUAUCUCUUCUUGAUGUCCUCGAUGGUCUUCUUGCGGACGGGCAGCCUCUCGGGUGUGACCUCGGCCUGCGAGAGGAAGCGGUCGGCGAUGACGAUGAACCGCAGCUCAUAGAGCACACACAGGUGCAUCAGGUAGUCCGUCUCGGCCUUUGUCCAGUUCUUGUCCAGCUUCUGAUCAGAUGAAUGAACACAGCACACAGACACACGCACCAACGGGGAGACAGGGUGGGUGCAUGGGGGGGGGCACUAUGUUGGUGGUUCCUCCAUGGAUGAGGUACCUACCUCGAUGUGGUCUUUCCACUGUUGUUCGGUGUAUGUGUAGACCUUGAGUGGCGCCCUCUUCUUGCUGUAGCUGUCCUCACCGGGGCUGUCCUUCUUGCGCCAGUGGCACAACUCAAGGCCGUCGUCCCGGUUGGCAUUCCGAAAGGGAGCCAACGUCCACGCACUCACCGCAUGCUUCAAGCGACUCUUGUCCUGACCACACACACACACACAGAGGAAGAUGCAUCGCAUCCAUACCGUCACGUGUGUGUGGUAAGUGUCUGCUGGUACACCCACCCACCCAUGCAAUGCAGGAGCAUACUAACAUACUUACUUUGUGUGGUGAGGUGACGGUUUGUGCGAGAGAGGGCAGUCCAUCUCCACAUAGCUGGUAGACCUCCCUCUUCAUGCCCUCCGGCCGCUUGUUCUUGGCCUCCCUCUUGCCGCCGCCCGCAUCGCCGCCAGGCACCAGCUUCUUGAAGUUCUGACGCACACCCAGGAUGUCACGAACCGUACCGCCGCUCAUGAUGUAUGUAUGGAUCAGCCGACAGCGGUUGUGGCUGCAGCCGCUGUAGAUGGACUCUUCUCUCUAUCACCUCAGCUGCUAU